CCGCCCUGCCGCCGCGGAAUGGCGCUGGUGUCGGCGGAUUCCCGCAUCGCCGAGCUGCUGGGGGAGCUGCAUCAGCUCAUCAAGCAGACGCAGGAGGAGCGAUCCCGCAGCGAGCACAACCUGGUCAACAUCCAGAAGACUCACGAGAGGAUGCAGACAGAGAACAAGAUUUCCCCUUACUACAGGACCAAGCUCCGAGGCCUCUACACCACAGCCAAGGCUGAUGCAGAGGCUGAGUGCAACAUCCUCCGCAAGGCUCUGGACAAGGUGGCGGAGAUCAAGUCCCUGCUGGAGGAGCGGCGCAUCGCAGCCAAAAUCGCCGGGAUUUACAGCGAGGCGGAGCCGCCGCGCAAGACGAUGCGCAGGGGAGUCCUGAUGACCCUGCUGCAGCAGUCCGCCAUGACCCUGCCCCUCUGGAUAGGGAAGCCCGGGGAGAGACCCCCCCCUCUGUGUGGGGCUGUGCCAGCGGCCGGGGACUACGUGGCUCGGCCUGGGGACAAGGUGGCCGCCCGGGUGAAGGCCCUGGAGGGGGACGAGCAGUGGAUCCUGGCUGAGGUGGUCAGCUACAGCCACGCUGCCAACAAGUAUGAAGUGGAUGACAUCGAUGAGGAAGGCAAAGAACGCCACACCCUGAGCCGGCGCCGCAUCAUUCCCCUGCCCCAGUGGAAGACCAACCCCGAGACCGACCCCGAGGCCUUGUUCCAGAAGGAGCAGCUGGUGCUGGCCCUCUACCCCCAGACCACCUGCUUCUACCGGGCCCUCAUCCACGCUCCCCCGCAGAGGCCCCAGGACGACUACUCGGUGCUGUUCGAGGACACCUCCUACGCCGAUGGCUACUCCCCGCCCCUCAACGUGGCCCAGCGCUACGUGGUGGCCUGCAAGGAGACCAAGAAGAAGUAAAGAGGGG